GUCGAUCCAUUCGAGUCAGCGGAUUAAUUAUCUCCGAGGGCAUCACAAGAAAAUUCACAAGCUUGAUGUUGAUUAUGAGUCGAACGAGAAAAUAAAGGCGAAUUACGGAAUUGUUUUACAUGGUCGCAUUUAUCGUACUAUACGGUUCCCAAUGAGUCAUCAAGAAAUAAUGUCCGAGUCUCUUAUCAAAGAUUUUGAGAAUGUCGGUUUGGAGGAAGAUGAAUCAGAGGGAUGGCUCCGCAUAUGUUCUCGCAAAACGAAACGUAAGUCCAAAGGCUCAAAACCGAUAGGGCAUUGUUCCCUUACUCAUCGACCAGGUGGGUAUCGACUACCUGUUGGUAUCUCCCAUCUGAUGGAAGAUGACAACUUGGAAUCACUUGAGCGAAGAUUUUAUGGUAUGCGGUCCAACUUCUUACUCUCAAAGCCAGACAGGUCUUUCUUAGAGGGCUUAAUAAAGUCUAUAAGUCAGGCAUUUUCAAUGAUAUCAAAAGAACAAAUUAGACCAAAGAUGGUUGAUGUUCUUUGCCUAGGAUUGGGUAAUCCGGCUGCAGAUCGUGCCAGUUUGCAUCAAUUGGUCGUAUUAGAUCUUCUUUUGCAAUUCGAUACUCGUAUGGAUCGAUCACAUACUCAACUAUACGACCCUCUGUUUAAGUCUAUGGUCCGAGCUCUUAUACAAAAGCUGGGCAUGCAUAUUAUACCAACCAAUAAAGAAGGCUGCUACAAAUUAGCUUCUGAUCGAUUUCAUUUUAUUUUUCUGCCACAUUGUGCUCCGGUUCUGAUUAAUAAUUUACUGUACACUAAUUGGUCACCUGAUAUAAUUUCGCGUUUGAUACUGUUCUCCAAUGGAUGGAAAGAAGUUCGCCACGAGUUGACUACUGCAGGUGAAAAAAAUUGUCGAAUCUCAAACAAGUUGGCUUACAUUUCUGCUCUUGAAUCAGUGGUUCAAAUCCCUGGUAAAGAAUAUUAUAUGCAAUGGUCUUCCAACAAGAAACUCAGGGAAUAUGGUGAUUUUGAGGGUAUGCGUAUACAGUGUUUUCCUCCCGAAGAAACAGACCGUUUACCGAAAAGUGUGUGGAAUAUACCACCUUAUGCUAAAAGGGAAGAAGUCAACAUCUAUUCUGAUUUACUGAUGCACAGUGAUAAAUUCUCACUAGAUUUGAUUGAUUCUAAAUUUGUACCGUAUUUUGUUGAUACACUUAACAAUGAUGAAGCCGUAUCAGAAGAGCUUGUAAAUAAUUUAUGA